AGGAAAUCAGAUCGUCCAAACAAGUCCGUCUUCUUUCAGGCUGGGGCUGCCUAACUGAAAGAGCAGCAAUUUUUAACCCGGACAUAUAUCAGACAUUUUUUCAGGAUGGCAGUUUUCAGCGUAUUUCUGACUUUAGCAACUCCAUCACUUACAUUUUUCUUCUUUCUGCUUAUCGUUGCAUUUCUUGCAUACUGCUUGUAUGUUAGACACAUUCAUAUGAAAUAUGACCACAUACCCGGCCCACCGAGGGACAGUUUUCUUCUGGGACACUCACCGUCGUUUUUGAGGAUAAUGAAAAAUGGCGGAGUUGUACACGACAAAUAUCUGGAGUGGGCCGAGAAGUAUGGGCCUGUCUACAGGACAAAUGGUCUUCAUUACGUUGUAGUGUGCGUGUCCAGUCCAGAGGCAACAAAGGAAAUCCUGAUGUCCCCAAAGUACCCCAAAGAUAAAUUUCUUUGCAAAAAACUCUUCAGCCUAUUUGGUCAAAGGUUCUUAGGCAAUGGCCUGGUAACAGCACGGGAUCAUGAGAAGUGGUACAAACAGCGCCGGAUCAUGGACCCUGCGUUCAGCAGCACGUAUCUGAGAGGUCUAACUGGAACCUUCAAUGAGAGGGCAGAGAAACUGAUGGAUAAACUUGCAGAUGUUGCUGACAGUAAAAAAGAAGCUAAUAUGCUCCAUCUUGUCAACUGUGUCACCCUGGAUGUUAUUACUAAGGUUGCCUUUGGGGUGGACUUGGACCUCUUGAAGAAUAGUUCACCUUUCCCUAAAGCCAUUGAGACAUGUCUGAAAGGAAUGGUUUACUACCUUAGAGACAGAUUUUUUCAGUUCAAUCCAAAGAACAGAGGAUACAUUAAUGAGGUGAGGGAAGCGUGCCGCCUGCUCCGUACAACUGGAGCCAAGUGGAUCAGUGAGAGAAAGACCGCCAUGCAAAACGGUGACGAGGUCCCCAAAGACAUCCUGACACAAAUCAUCAAAACUGCAAGCCAAGAGGACAGCAUGACUGAAGAAGAUGAGGAGUUUAUGCUGGAUAAUUUUGUGACAUUCUUCAUUGCUGGCCAAGAAACAACAGCCAAUCAACUGGGUUUUUGCAUCAUGGCGCUUGGAAGACAUCCUGAAAUACUAGAGAAAGCGAAGAAAGAGGUCGAUGAUGUCAUUGGGAUGAAACGUGACAUAAGCUAUGACGACUUAGGAGAGCUGGUCUACCUGUCACAGGUGUUAAAAGAGACUCUAAGAAUUUACCCCCCAGCUCCAGGCACGUCUCGUGAUGUUGCUGAAGACAUGGUGAUUGACGAUAUCCACAUACCCGGGGGAUUUAGCGUUGUUGACAAUGACCCCAAACACACCUCCAGGCUGUGUAAAGGGCAAUAUGACCAAGAAGGAGAGGGAUGGAGGGCUGCGUCAGAUGGCCUGGCCUCCACAGUCACCUGUCCAAUGGAGAUGGUUUGGGAUGAGAUGGACCGCAGAGUGAAGGCAAGAGAGUCAACAAGUGCUCAGCAUCUCUGGGAACUCCUUCAAGACUGUUGGAAAAACAUUUCAGGCGAUGACUUCAAGAAGCUCAUCGAGAGAAUGCCAAGAGUGCAAAGGUUCAACUCCUAUGUGAGCGGGAGACUGGAGAGAUUCUUCAAGGAUCCACUGAGAUUUGAUCCAGAGAGAUUUCACCCAGAUGCUCCCAAGCCUUAUUACUGCUACUACCCCUUUGCCCUCGGUCCUCGCUCGUGUCUGGGACAGAACUUUGCUCAGAUGGAGGCUAAAGUGGUGAUGGCCAAACUGCUCCAGAGGUUUGACUUCACUCUCGUCCCGGGACAGACCUUUGACAUCCUGGAUGCUGGCACACUCAGACCAAAGAGUGGAGUGUUGUGCACUUUGAGUCACAGGGAUUACAAAAAUAAAUGAUCUUAAAGGACUUUACAUAAAAAGUUGUCUAUUUUUGGUCCCUGAGAUAUAUUAAUAUAGGGAAAAGAAAGUACAGCUUCAACACUAUGUCUCAGUUUUGCUACAUGAUUUAGAAAUGCUUCUUUAGUAACUGAAAUCAGCACAACUCUUUGAGUCUAAAUUGUAGAAAUAAAUGUGUAAAAAGAUCCUUGUCAAGAACAGAAUGGAUUUUCUCUUUUAAAAAUUUUAUUUUACUGAGGACUUUUUGUUUUUGUUGCUGUUUUUGUUUUUACAAUAACAAAAACCCUAAACUUUCUGUAGUAGAUGUUGAAAAAUAGAAACUUUUCUGUCCUUAAAUUGUUUACUUACUACUGAAUUUCAUUGCCGUAAUAUUAAUGGCCGUAGGCCAAUUUGGCCCCCGGGCCUCAUGUUUGACACCUCUGGUUUAAAGGGUAAAACUGAUUUGAUUUUUAUUCCUGUCUAAAACUUGUGAUUUAAAAAAAAAAAAGAAUUUAAAGAAAAAAUUGUGUCAUGUAUGAACUACACUGUAAAUUCAUAUGAAAUGAAUGUAAUCAUGCUUAUGUCUUCAUUAUGAUAAUAUAUAUGGUAACAUCAUGGGGAGUGCUGGUAUAAUAACGUUUGCACUUAGCAUUUUAAUCUUGCACAAAAUCAUCACAUAGUUUGAUGUGACUUUUUUUAAUAACCAGUGAGCAAAGGAACCUUUUGUGCCUGCAUAGCAUCCAAGAUUUUCAUAAAAGUGCUGCAUGUUAUGAAAAUGAAAAUAAAUUUUGAGAUCCCACAGAA